AUGCGUAAUGAUUUACUCAGCAUGAUUGGAAUAUCUCGUGGUGCAACCUUAGAUGAAAUUAUUAUGGAAGCUCAAAAGGUGGAGGAAAUUUUAUAUCGUCGUAAAAAAGAAGAACGUAGGCUAAAAUAUUUAAACCAAAUGUCAUCUCAAAAUGAUACGUUAAAGGUUAGAAAAUCUCAGAAUGAAGUAACUAAUGAAUAUGCAAAACCAUUAUUAGCUAUGAAUGCGAAAUAUCCUUCAAAUAAUAAAACAGUUCCUUUUCAAAGAACAACAUUUAAUGAAAAGAAUACUGAUCGAUCGUUUCCAACCACAAAUUACUACAAACAAACAACUGCAGAAAUAGGAAAUAUUCAACAAUUAGAAUCAAUGAAAUGUUAUAAUUGUGGAACGUGGGGUCAUGUAGCAAGAAAUUGUCGUACAGGUAAUACAAAUAAUUAUUGGCGUGAAGAUCCCGUCCAAGUAUUUACCCAAGCUCAUGCAGUUAAGUUCCCUAUAUAUAAUCCCCUUACUGUUUUUGGACGGAUUGCUGGUUUAUCAACCCGUUUACUUAUUGAUUCAGGAGCAUCCUUAACACUUAUAAACGAAGAAUUAUUUGUAAAAUUACCUUAUUAUUUUCGUCGACGAGCUCGUAAUCCUCCUGCAUGGUUAAUUUUACAGUUAGCCGAUAAAUCACAGUUAAAAGUUAAAUGUGUUCUUUCAUUACCAAUUACUAUUGCAAAUUGUACCAAAACUCAUACGGUUUAUGUCGUUCCGAAAUUAUCACAACCGUGCAUUAUUGGAAAUGACCUUAUUCAAAAACAUAACUUGCAAAUUGAUGGACGUAGACAAAAUGCUUAUUUCAAACAAUUCUCCAAUUACAGAUUUAAUCCACAACACAAGAAACAACAGUAUUAUAAUGAUGACGAAUAUAUUCUUAUAGCUGAUGAACGUUUGAGAAUACCACCUACUCACAUAGUUCAUAUUCGUGUGUGUCCAAAUAAACCAUUUUUGGUCAUAAAUCAAGAAGGUGAUGACUAUGAAGUAACAUCGCUUAAAAACACACCAUGCGCUGCCAACGGCAUAAUUAAUCCACGAAAAAAUUUAGAAAUUGAAGUUGCAAAUUUAACAGAAAGAACAAUUAGGAUACAUCCAGGUCAAGCAUUAGCUUAUAUGAAGCGAUUAAACCAAAUUCAAGUGAAUUCGAUUAAUCAAAAAGAUUUAUCUUUGAGUAACUCCAAGCAAAGUAUGAAAACUAUUGAACCAAAUUUAACUGAAACCGAUUUAAAUGAUAUUCAAAAACAGAAACUAUUAGAUGCAAUUCGAGCAUUUCCUGAUGUUUUUAGUGAGAAGACCGGCCAAACAAGCAAAAUUCAACACGAAAUCAAGUUAUUACCCGGAUCUCAACCUUGUAAUUUACCACCAUAUCGUAUUGCACCUGCUCGACGUCAAAUUGUUGAGGAAAAUUUACGAGAAAUGCUUCAAGAUAACAUUAUCGUCCCCUCAAAAAGCCCUUGGGCUUCACCAGUUGUUUUAGCACCCAAGAAAGAUGGAACAUUUCGUUUCUGUAUUGAUUAUCGAAAAUUAAAUGCAAUGACGGUUCGCGAUGCAUAUCCAAUUCCAAGAAUUGAUGAUACCCUUGAUUCUUUACAAGAGGCCAAAUUUAUUUCAACAUUAGAUCUACGUACAGGUUAUUGGCAAGUUGAAAUGGAUGAAAAAUCACGUGAAAAGACUGCAUUUAUUACAUACAAAGGAUUAUUUGAAUUUAAAGUAAUGCCAUAUGGCUUGACAAAUGCACCGGCAACGUUUCAGCGACUGAUGGAUAUAGUGCUAGCCGGCCUUAAAUGGCAAUGUUGUCUCGUAUAUAUCGAUGAUGUAAUUAUAUAUUCUCCUACCUUUGAAAAACACAUAGAAGAUCUUAAACGCGUAUUCGAAGCUCUACGGUCAGCAAAUUUAACAUUAAAGACUUCUAAAUGUCAUUUUUGUCGUUGGGAAACAAAAUAUCUCGGACAUAUUAUUACUAGCGACGGUGUUAAACCUGAUCCAGACUUAAUCAGAUCAGUUAUUGAUUUUCCACGACCACAAACAAUUAGAGAUGUACAAUCAUUUCUUGGUCUUACCGGAUAUUAUCGUCGAUUUAUACAAAAUUAUGCCAGAAUUGCCGAACCACUCAUUAAACAAUUGCGUUUUACAAUAACUGGUAAUCAUCAUCUUCGAUGGUCCAACGAGUGUACCGAAGCUUUUAACAUAUUAAAGGAAAAAUUGACAACAGCACCCAUUAUGAACACUCCUAAUUUUGAACAACCAUUUAUAUUAGAAGUUGAUGCUUGUGAAUAUGGAUUAGGUGCAGUUCUAACUCAAGAAUAUGAUGAUAAAAAAUAUGUGAUUGCUUAUGCAAGUCGAACAUUGUCUGCAAUUGAAAGAAGAUACGGAGCAACCGAACGGGAAGCACUUGCAAUAGUUUGGGCGACGAAACAUUUCCGGGUGUAUAUUGAAGGAAGUAAGGUACUUAUUCGUUCAGAUUGUAAAGCUCUUCAAUGGUUACGAAACGCUAAAGAUGUAACAGGCCGUUUAGCACGAUGGGCAAUGAAAUUGUCAGCUUAUCAAAUUGAAAACAUACAAUAUCGUCCCGGAAAGCAAAAUGCUAACGCAGAUUCACUUUCACGAAACCCUGUCACAGAAAAUACUGAUCAAAGUCCACAAUUAUUCGCAGUUGAAACGGCGAUUAACUUAUGGGAAAAUACAAAUAUUCUUGAUGAAGUUAAAACUGAACAGCAAGCAGAUCCAAAAUUAAAAUAUAUUAUCGAUCAAUUACGAAAUAAGAAUAUACCAAUAUUUAAUGACAAACGUAAUCCAUAUUUGCUAAUUAAUGAUAUUUUGUACAAAAUGAAAAAUUCAAAUAGACAUUAUAACCAACGUGAAAUCGGUAAUAAACAUCUUUUAGUUAUUCCGAAGUCUCUGCAACAAAAAUUACUAUCUUGGGCACAUGAUCAUCCGUCAGCUGGUCAUGGUGGUCAACAAAAAACAUUAUUUCGUUUAACUACUCGGGUAUUUUGGGACUCAAUACGUAAAGACGUAUAUAACUAUGUUGCGUCAUGUCAAGCCUGUCAACAAUUUAAAUAUAAUAAUAUACCGUUAGCAAAUCCAUUACAGAUUCAUACUAUUAAUCAGCCAUGGCAUACAAUUGGUAUAGACAGUAUGGGUCCUUUUCCGAAAACAGCACGACAAAAACGAUUCUUACUGGUCAUAGUUGAUUAUUUUACACGUUGGAUUGAAGUAUUUCCUUUACGUACAACAACAUCAAUCGACAUUGCGCAAAUACUCAUUAAUGAAGUAUUUACGAGAUACGGCAUGCCAACCUUUAUUUUAUCGGAUAAUGGUCCACAGUUCGUAUCUCUUCUCUUUCAACAUUUUUGUGAAACUUUAGGAAUCGAACGAAAAUUUACAGCAAAUUAUCAUCCACAAACCAAUUUAACAGAGCGAGUCAAUAGAACCUUGAAACCUAUGUUAGCAAUUUUUGCACACGAACACCCUCAUUCUUGGGAUAAAGAAAUUCAAAAAUUAGCUUUAUCUAUUCGGACAUCUAUAAAUGAAACUACUGGUGAAACUCCAGCUUAUAUGAUGUUUGGUCGCGAUUUAAAAUUACCUAUGGAUUUAAUAAUUGGUGAACCAACACAAGGUCCACCACCAACGUCAAUCGAUUCUAGACAAAUUAAUGAAUAUCGCAAAAAUUUAAUACACAACUUGCGGAGCACAUACAACUUCGUUCGUGAACAUUCAGAAGUAGAAAAAAUAAUUCAGAAAAGAGAAUAUGAUCAACAUACAUCUCAACGACAAUUCAACAUUGGAGAUUUAGUAUGGAUUGCAACAAUUACUCCUCAAAUAGGUGAAGUUCCAUUAAGUAGAAAAUUUCAACCAAAAUAUCAAGGUCCAUGUCGACUAGUAGAACAACUUGGUCCCUCAACAUUUAUAGUACGACGAAUUAGCGAUGGAGUGAAUUUAGGAGCAACAAACAUUGAUCGAAUGAAAAAAUAUUUUCCACGAAUUCCACAUGAUCAAUCCCCAACGAUAACAGAAAAUAUGCAAAAUAUAGAACCAGAAAGGAUUGACGAUUUAAUUUUGGAUAAUGAAGUUCGCAGAACAUCAGAUCAAGAUUCAAAUACAGAUGUGGGAGACUCAUUUAUAGAGGAAGCAUCAGUUACAACAGAACAACCAAGUUCACGACGGAAAUCGAGUCGGAAGCGUCAACUUCCUGCCCGAUAUCGAGAUUCCAUUUGA